CCCACACCACCUCUCCAGGUUUCAGGUGUAAUCAGAAACUAGCUGAAGGUAAUUAUGGGUAAUGUAGUUUCUUCACUUGCUGCUGUCUGUUUGUACAAGCGGUGUCGGGUACCUGCUAGACUGCAAAUUCCAGCAGGCAUUUCUCAGCACCCUUAAGAGACAGGCACACGCCAGGUGUGCUCUCAGCAGCUAACCAAGCCCUCAGCACGCUGGAAUUUUUCAAAGCUGGAGCAAAAAAUAGGUGCUCUUUCAACAGUGUUGAUGUCCUGAGCCACGGCUUAAUUUGGAUCUAGGAGAAGGCUGGUAGUUUCCAGAAUGGAGGAAAACACUUCCAGUAGUGGAACAGCCUCCCUCCAUAACUCAGAGAUUCCUCGGAGCAGGUCAGAAGGGACUUUGCUUGAUGAAGAUGACAGGACUCCUUCAUCUACCCACAAUGUCAGUGAAAGUAAAUUGGAUUUGGAUAUUGACUGGUCUGACCUAUUCAAACAUGCCCAUGUUGUUUCCAAGACCAAUCCUUUCUGGAAUGAAUUGUCAGCCUCCAACCCUUUUGUACACGACAUAGCUGCUUCCAAUAGAAACGAAAAUAGUAAAUACCUUUCUGUCUUGAAAGAAAAACCCUAUUUGUUCUCUAAAAUUUCUAGCAAUAGGGAUUCUUUGGCUUCCUCAGGUGAUGAGCUAGAUAUUGAUUGUCUUCUAAGAAAGACCUCAGCAAGAAGAUCUGGACGAUCCAAGAGUGUCUCUGACUUCUUGGAUAUUAUUGAUAACCGAAGAUUUAAUCCUUGCAAGACAAUACCUCAAAAAACUAUAACUUCAGACAUUACAUGUCUUCAAAAUGACCGUGAAGCCUACAAGAUGGCUUGGUUGAAUCACCGACAGCUGACUCGGUCUUGCCUAGAUUUAGAAGCCAUGAGCCAUAGUCCUGGAUGGGCACAGACGCAAGCUACUGACAUUCAUAUAGUUUGUAAACUGAACCAUGAAGGGGGUUCAGUACAGCUACCUGACUCUGAUAUCAAUGUUCACAUCCCUGUGGGUCAUGUAUUGCCUGGGGAAUUCCAAGAAGUUGGCUUAAGGGCUAUUCUUAAUCCUCCUUCAUCAUUUAACAAUGAGCUGUCUAGCACUGUAAGUCCUCUGAUAGAACUCAGGCUGAGCAACCUCAACACGAAAGAAGCUAUUUUCCUGGAGGUGAAAGUUGCAGCUCAAGUGAAGAAUGAUCCUCUCAGCCAGGUUAUGAGUGAUAUUGUAUGUUUUUUUAGUUUCAAUAAAGAAGGCCCUUUUAAGAAACUGGAGAAUUGCUACACUUAUCAAGAUACCAUACAAGUGAAACUAAUGGACCUAAGUCAUGUGAUGUAUGCAGUGAUUGCAGUCCAGGCAAACAAACUCCAGCCUCCAGCCACUAAUGUCUGGGAUUAUGUUCAUAGAACUGUCUCAGUUGGAAUUUAUGGUCCCAAAUAUAUUCAUCCAUCCUUUACAACAGUUUUUGCAGUGUUUGGUCAUAACUACAUUCCAGGAAAACUUACAAUUUGUGAUAUAAAAAAGGGGGGGAAAAAUAUGCCUCCUGUUGUGUUUCAACUGUGGGGAAAACAUACAUUUCUGCUGGAAAAGCCCCAAGAUCUAAACAUUUCUUUGGUAUCCUGUGAUCCAGAUUUUGAAGUGAAGACGGAAGACCAAAGCAAAAAUAUUAAAGAGGAGGAACUGAAAACUGGUGAAAUGGUCCAACACCAAUUCCUGUUUUCCAUGCUAGGAUGCAGGGAGAUGCAUUUCUUUGUUUUCCUUGUUCAGAUUAAAGUCUUAAGAAGUAGCCAAGUAAUGCAGUUCCAUGUUACAACUCCUGAUCCAGCUCCAAAAUUAAGUGGAAUUAUCAGUAGGCCAAAGCGCUUACAAAAACGUAAAGAAAUCAAGUCCGCACCUUUAUUUUUAAUACCAACAGUUAAAUACCCAAAGUUUCAAGACAAAAUUUUAAAUGUUAAUACUUACGGAGUGGCUUUGAAAACUGUGUUACGUCAAAAUAAGAUUGACUAUUUGUUAGAAUAUUUUAAAGGGGAUACAAUAGCACUUCUUGGUGAAGAUAAAGUAAAAGCCAUCGGACAAACUAAAAUAAAGGAGUGGUAUGUAGGAGUUCUCAGAAAAAAGAUUGGUCUGGUACAUUGCAAAAAUGUCAAAGUGAUUUCUAAAGAGCAAGCUAUGGACACUACUGACAGUGAGCUAACAACCAGGAAUCUUGUUGAACAAAUUGCAUUGCCAUUUAAAAAACUGACUUAUAUCUACUCAGUAGUUUUAUCUACAGUGUCAGAGAGUGUUUAUGACUGGAGAUCUUUGUCUGAUGUGCUAGGAUAUUCACAUAUGUCUUUGGAUGACUUUAAUGAGGCACAUGGUGAUAAAGAAUCAGACAGAGUUGCACAUGUUGUGAAGAGGCUAAAGGAAGAUUGCCAUGCUAACAAAAAAAAGAGACUAUUCCUUUAUGAGCUCAUUAUUGCACUUUUGAAAAUAGAUUGCCAGGGAUUAGUGGCACGUCUUACCCAGGACACCAUCAUUUUGACUUCGGCUGUGAAGCUUGGCAAAUACUGGCGGGAGCUCGCAGAGAAGCUAGCCCGACUCACAAAGCAGCAAAUAGAGGCUUAUGAGGUACCCCACCAAGGAAAAAGUGGAGCAGUAGCUCUGGAGAUGAUGUGGAAACCUGCAUAUGACUUUCUCUACACAUGGGCUGCCCAUUAUGGAGACAGUUACAGGGAUGUCUUACAAGACCUGCAGUCAGCCUUGGAUAAAAUGAAAAACCCAGUAACAAAAGAGUGGCGAGAGUUAACUGGAACAUUGAUUCUUGUGAACUGCAUGGAAGUUUUAAGGGCAAGUGCUUUCUCCAAAAUUGAGGAAGAAGGGUAGACUACCAAAUACCGUUUUGGAAAUUCUCCUGGAAACUGUACAGUUAUUUGUGUUUCAUAGAUGGUUCCAGAAAAGGGCUAAAUGAAGUCCGUUGUACCUGAGUUGAUGUUGAGUAUAGGCCCAUAGUUCUCAACUACAGCUACCUGAGAUUACCAGAGCUUUCUAAAAACUAUCAUGGAAAUAGGAAAAUAGUGGGGGAAUAAACUGGUGA